AUGCUCUCACGUGUUGCUGCAGUCAUGGCACCCCGCACACACAACCGUCGCCGCGUGACCGGAUCCAGCGGAAGGAGGAAGGGAGGAAGAGAGAGUGAGCAGCAGAGGCCCAACGUUUCCCGGCAUCUCUUCCAUUCCACGCUGCUGAUUCUACUUGUCUUGAUGUGCUGCAGCGGUGGAACUGCUUCUGCUGGGGAGAGUAAUGUAAAGAAAGCAGUUGAUGCAUUGAGGGGGAUUGGAUGGGAAAAGCUUGACAACUGGAAGGAUGUCUUUGACGCUGGUGGUAAGUACGGCUCGAUUCGUGGUCCCAGUCUCGUUGAGGUGCAGGGUCAUGUAUUUGCUAUUGCUGAAGCCCAUUGCAAGGAUGGAGGCGACUGCAGCAAAUUCAGCUUUACUGGGAUUGCGUCAAAGUACCUUGGUUUAAGUGGUGUUGCUGGCCCAACGGAGAUCUUGACGGCGAAUGCGAGUAUCUUUGGCGCAGAUCCUCUAAAGGAAGGGUCUGGGGGCAUCCACACCACAAACGGCAUAACGCGACCAACGACACUUGUAAUUGAGGACAGUGUUUACGUGCUCCUGGGAAAUUACAGUCGUGCAAAGCCGCCGGUUGGGGGUACGAAUGAGCCAGGCCUUUUACUCGUGAGGGGAACUGUCACUGAUGAGGGUAGGACGAAGAAAAUCAAAUGGAAUGAGACCCAUGUGGUGAACCCUCAAGGAAAAAGAGAAUCUGUCUCCUUGACCGAGUUAAUUGGCGGUGGAGGAUCGGGUGCUGUGAUGCGUGACGGCACGAUUGUGUUUCCCAUGCAGGCCAAAAACAGUGAUGAGGAACGCAUUUUACUGUCCAUGAGUUUUACCCCGUCAGACAAAAAAUGGGAGCUUUCACACACGGCGACUGGUAAGGGCUGCAGGGAUCCAACCCUGGUGAAGUGGGAAAAAUACGAAUACGGCGAAGAACUCUUCAUGAUGGCUCAUUGUGCUGGAGGCUACUAUGACGUUUACAGUUCUACCUCGGAUGGGUACGGUUGGAAUACGUUGGGUGAGCCAAUUAACCGCGUUUGGGGCAACUCACACAAUCGAAAGGGGUACGGUGUCCAGAGUGGAUUCACCAAUGCAAUUAUUGAGGAAAAGGAGGUGAUGCUCAUCACCGCGCCGGUGUAUGCGAAGGACAAUGAAGGUGGAAAAGGUCGGCUUCAUCUUUGGGUGACGGACAAGGCGCGUGUGUAUGAUGUUGGGCCGAUAUCCCGUGAGGCUGAUGACGCUGCCGCGAGCUCCCUGUUGAUAAAAGAUGAAAAUAAGGAGUUGAUUUCACUGUACGAGAACAAGAAGAGCGACGGAUCAUACAAUCUUGUUGCUGUGCGUCUGACCGGGAAACUGGAGCGGAUAAAGGAGGUGGUGAAGAAAUGGAAGGAUUUGGACAGCGCCUUGAGAACAUGCCGUUCCGGUUCCAGCGGCACUGUCGACUUGCCAACGAAGGGUAUGUGCAAUGGUCCUGUUCCCACUGAUGGGCUUGUUGGCUUCUUGUCCGGUAACUUCUCUGAGAACACAUGGAGGGACGAGUACCUCGGCGUGAACGCCAUUGUACAUGGACCGGCGGAAAAAAGGAUAGUGGUUCCCAAUGGAUUGACGUUCAAAGGGUCUGAAGCAGGGGCGGUGUGGCCUGUUGGCGACAUGGGGCAGACUGUGCCGUACUACUUUGCUAACAACGAGUUCACUCUUGUGGCGACGGUUUCCAUCCACGAGGUGCCGCAGAGUGGCAGCAGCCCCAUUCCUUUGAUGGGCGUGAGGAUGAAUGACACCAGCAGCACGGUGCUCUUUGGUCUGUCGUACACCCACGACAAGAAGUGGCUGGCCAUACCGGGUGAUGGGGAAUAUUUUGAUGAUUGGGAGCCAAACAGGGCGUAUCAGGUGGUACUGCGAAUGGAUUAUUAUUAUUGGACUGUCUUUGUAGACGGAGAGGAAAUCCACCACACGGAAUACAAUACGAGUCUGUUUGACUCGCACAGGAUUUCACACUUCUACAUCGGUGGGGACAGUAAGGACCAAAGUGCAACGGGCGGCCGCGUGACGGUGACCAACGUCAUGCUGUACAACGAGGAACUGUCUGAAGAUGAUCUGAAUGAACUCCCAGACAGCAAAGUCACUAUUCCAUCACUGGGUGUUGAGGAACAGCCCACAGGACAGGCGGCCAGCACAGACGACUCGGUUGCUUCCGGAUCAAGGAGUAAAGAAAGCGCCACCGCUGAGAAAUUGACAGAGGGUGAUCGUGAUAAACAAGAUGAAGAAAGCGUCCUUAAUUUGGUGCCUGUGGCGCCCCCUUCCACGGUUGUCGCGGGAUCAUCUGUUCCUAAACCUGCCACCGCAGCGGAGAGCGCAGAGAAUUCUCUUCCAGAUGACAAUAUCCAGCUUUCCGGAGGAGAAAAGUCUCAGCAAUUCACGCCGACUGGAGAAAAGGAAUCGAUGCAGCGGGAUUCAGAUGCGCAGACACAAGACCUACAGUCAGCGGAAUCAACGGAGUUCAAUGAUGUUGAAAUGUCCUCUGAAAGUAAUGAUACAGAACAAACAGUGGAGGAGGGAGAAGCAAAUGACAAGAGUGGCGGAACAACGUCCUCAGUGGCUGUAUCAUCGGAUAUGGAUCCGACCACCGAAACAGUUGACGGUGAGCACCAAGUGCAACAAAGCGUUGAGCUUUCCUCUGAAAACAACGAAGUGCGGUCCACUGGAACCGGAACUACUGGCACGGAGCGAAACCUCAGCCUCGAGGCGAGGGACGGAAAUUCCGAGAGAACAAUGGGCUCAGACAGCAGCCUCACUCCUUCAAAGAGUGACGCCGAAACCACAUCCGCGGAGAACACCGACGACGUCUCUCGGACUGAAGGAGACGAAUUUCCCGUUGAAAACGGCGAGGAGGUGCCACAGACAGUCGACACCGCAUCGGGCAAUGCGAGCACCCUGCCUGGGGAAACCGAGAUCUCAUCGAAGUCCAACGCAACAGCACCCUCGGACGCUGGCAUUUUGCUUGAGAACGGGCAUUACAGCGAGUUGGCGGGCAUGGCUCUAUUUGCUGAGAGCACCGUGCAUGGGUUUGUGUCUCGGAUGCUGUUGCCGAUGCUUCUGGGGCUGUGGGGCACUGCGGCUCUCUGUUGA